ACGGGCGGAGGGCGGAGUGUAGUAGAGCGUGGGCUCAAAGCGAGACACGCCCAGCACACCAAAGGAGAUUGCUCAUGUUUUCCAAAUGUUUCCAUCGAUCAUUAUAUCUUUUUGCCUGCCUGUCCCUGGUGUGUGCCCGGCCGGGAACAUGCCCUGGACUUUGCCCUCUCUUGCACACUCACCACGGAUGUGUUUGGUAGAAAUCAGGACAGCAGGGCAUAGGGAGGCUGGAUGUGUGUCUGGUCACAUCGAGAGCCAUAGGGAGAGAGCGGGGAUGGAGGGAACGUCGACGACUGGAGGUAGUUGGAAGGUAGAGGAAACUGAAGCAGCUUCUCCAAAGAGCCAGGUAGGAGAUGAGAUGUCAGUGGCGAUGUGGUUCACAGUCUUACAUAAAGCGGGGCGAGGGCCCGUCCCUCCAUCCUCAGCCACAGGCUCACAUCAGUAAUGAGAACAUUCAGCCUGAUCUUGUAUUACCAGCUAUCACUCGUCCUCGUUUCUCUGACACUAUUUCUGUAGCUCUGGUGUGGACAUCAAAGCUAGUAGCCUUGAGAUCGGACACAUUUACCCGAAGACACGUUUCAUCUUCUAUAUCGACCUAAAAUCCUGCCUGUUCGCAGGGCAAACAACUGAAACAGUUUUUUUUAUAUUCAGUCGCAGAUGGUUCAGGAAGGGUUUUGGCCAUACAAGGGGGGUUAUAUCCUGGCAUGAGCUAAAAGACUGAUAGACUGGUCUGCCAGGUCAAGGAACUGGAUUUAGGACAGAAUUGACAUGUACCACAUUCAGCACCUCGCUGAAAUCCUCCAAAUUGUAGGCUUUAUUGCAAAACAAUAUCAUUGGUAUAGCUUGCAUGGAACCACCUGUGCUGUAAAUGUGGACCCUCAAGUGUGCGUAGUCAUCACAUCGAGUAUGUCAGAAGAGAGGAAGAUGUGGAACCUCAAAAUAGCGCCAGGUGUCGUGCAUGUAAACCUACGUGUAAACCUACGAUGGUGUAAGAUAUUUGGAAAUACGCAUGAUGAUUUCAAGAAGCACAGUUGAUGAAAAAUGUCCAUCAUCAACCUGCUAUUAAGUUUGGUCCAGUGAACAUAUAAACAUAUAAAAAUGGGCAAUCAUCUCUUCAUUGAAUCAGUCCACUUUUGAAUGAUGUUAAUAUUAAUCUGUUAAUUCCAUCUCUCACUGUUAACUUUGUUGAUAUUAACAUUAGCAAAAACAAAAUGUGUAGAUAUUACCAUUAAUAAUAGCAAUAUGUGUCAGGAAUAGCUGCGAUCAAUGAUCGGUGAAUCCUGAGAAUACUUCACUGAGGAUAGAACCUAAUAACAUCAAUAACAAACACAUCAUAAUUCCAAAUGAACACUAAAACACUUUUAACGGGGAAUGGACUGCUGGUAUGCUGGGUGACGUCAAUCCUUAUCGUUUGCUUUGGUCUUGGAUGCGGGAGCAGAGCCGUGUUGACGUGGGACGGACCCUGUCAGACAGGUCUGCUGGUGUGUGGCGCUGAAGACAGGGUGUCCGUGUCUACCAUGAGCUCUACAUGUGUAGCUCAAGAUAAUUGCCCGUCUCUGUCUGCUGCUGCACCACCAGCCCCUUAGGGAACAAAGAGGUGUGGCCCUGGACAGGCUGCGUCCCACUAGUCGUGUUCCUGCACGCUGUGUGUGUGUGUGUGUGUGUGUGUGUGUGUGUGUGUGUGUGUGUGUGUGUGUGUGUGUGUGUGUGUGUGUGUGUGUGUGUGUGUGUGUGUGUGUGUGUGUGUGUGUGUGUGUGUUUUAAAGUCUAGCUCAUGAUUCCUGUCUGCCCUGCCUACCUCCAUGUGGGACACCUGUUUGAAGUGACCAAUAGGAGAGUGAGAGGCGUUACCCGACAGGCUCAGUAACGUACGGCAGGUCAGCCAGGCACGGCAGCUAGACGUCGGUUAAGAGUUCACAACAUCCAAUCUACUUGGCUGAGGACCUCAGGGAUUUAGUGAUGAUGCAUGGUGUGGCAGGUCCGGGCCGAGGGAGACGAGGAGGGGGAUCGGGACGAAGGGGCUUCUAAGGUUCCCCUUGUGUUCUGCGUCCAGGCCGAGCACGCCGGCACCCGCACCUACUACUUCAGCGCAGACAGCCCCCAGGAGCAGGAGGAGUGGAUCAGGGCCAUGGGGGAUGCAGCCCAGGUCGCCGCCCCGCCAGCACAGAGACCCAGCCCUGAGAGCAGCCCCCCGGCCACAGAGCCCCCCCGCCCGGUCCCCACAGCUCCAGAGACCCGGCCGGAGCACCCGCCCCAGACGCUGCACCCGCCCCACCGGGACGCCCAGCUCCCCCCGCACCCCAAGGUGAACGGGACGGCGGCGGCAGGGACCCCCUCCCCCUCCACGCCCCGCCCCGACAGGGAGGGGAGGGCGAGCGACGCCAGGAGAGAGGGGGGGGGCAGAGCAGAGGUGCAGGGAGGCGGGGAGGACGACUGCGGCCCCGCCGGGGGCCGGAGUCCCGGCGCCCUCCCGGCGCACCUCGCUCGUCCCGGCCAGCAGUCCAACGGCUGGUCCCACGAGGGCCCCCCCCCGCCCAACGGCCCGGCCCGCCCACAAGUCUCCAGGCAGCCUGCGCCGAGAGCGCCGGGCGACCCCUGGCGGCCCCCGCAGGGCCCCGGCGGGGACGGGGCCGGUGGGCCUCCGGACCCCCGGGAGCUGCAGGAGAGCUCUGUGCUGAGGAGGGGCUGCUUGGCCCGGACCGACCCGGAGCGGCUCGCCCAGAGGAAGAGCUCCAUGACGCAGCUGCAGAGAUGGGUCAACCAGCGCCGCGGCCCGGCCUAUGAGGAGCUCAGCAGCCCCACCCGCUACUACACGGUGAACCGGGGCGUGUCCGCCGAUGUCUACGGGGUCUACGGGGGGCCCCCGCAGUACGGGGACGAGUACCCACCCCUCUACCCGCCGGGGGCCCGGCCCGAGAGCAUCUGCUCCGGGGUGUCCGGGGUGGGCGGUGGCUACGACCGGCGCUGGACCCCCGAGGAGAGGCGGCGGUCCCUGAGGGACGGCCCCCAGGCCGCGCACUACGGGCCCCCCCUGGCCCGGGACCCCUGGGGUCCUCAGUACUACGGCGGGGGGGAUCCCCUGGACCCCAUGGGGGCCGCCAUGAAGCGCCUCUCCAUCCAGCCGCGGUCCCGCUCGGUGCCCAGGUCGCCCUCCUCGUCGUGCGGGGGCCCCUACUCGCCGGGGCCCCACAGCUUCGUGUCCCCGGCGCGGUCGCCCUCCACGUGCUACAACCCCGGGACCCCCAGGAGGUUGAGGGAGGAAGCCCUCUACGCAGACCCCUCCGUGUACCGGCUCAGGAGGUCCCUCAGCUCCCCAAAGUAUGACUACCCUGGUGACAGGAGGUCCCUAAACCAAGGAUUAUACUACUACAACAACUACCCUCCAUCCCCCUCUAUCCACAGCAAAAUGGAGGAAAUGCUAGAGCUGCAGCUCCAGAGGAACCUGGAGUAUCUAGACCAGCAGGGGCAUCCCUUCCAUGACGUGUACAGCAGGGAGCUUCACCCCACCCUCAAGCUCAACGAGAUCGAAACCAGUAAACUUUUGGGCCGUCUUUGUGAGCAAAACAGAAUUCUGAAAGACCAAGAGGCUGUGGUCCACAGACUACGAAUGGAGAAGGACACCCUGGAGGGGGCGCUAGUGGCCACCCACCAGGAGAUGGAGCUAUACCACAGCCAGCCACUGAUCAUGGACAACCUGCAGUACAAGAAAGAGUCCCUGCAGAACCAGCUGAUCAACAUCAGAGGAGAGCUGUCCCAGGCCUCCAGCUCGUUGACCACUCUACGCAUGGAGUUUGAAGCCUUGGAGGACGAGGCUAACGCCAUCCACGGGGACCUCUGGGAGCAGCUGAAUGCAGGAGGCCAGAGUGAACUGGUUCACAGGCACAUCCAGAAGGAGUUCUGGAGGGUACAGGAUGUGUUGGAGGGACUGCACAAGAGUAAUUCAUCGAGAGGCACAGACACAUCCAAGCACAGAGCUGCCAGCGGCGUUUCCGGUUCCUAUAGCACCACUAGUCCGGCCAGUCCCAUGAGCUCAGUAGGCCUCACCAGCCCUCUCAGUCCCUUCUCCCCGCUGCCGGCCUCCCAGCCGUCCCCCACCAAACCCCCGGGCCCCGAGCCCAAAUAUGGUGAGCGGAGCAGUAAGAAAGAUGUCCAGGAUCAAAACGAGGAACAGGAGAGACAGGCUGGCAUGAAUAAAGUAGGCAUCGUUCCUCCCAGGAGCAGGUCACCCACCGACGAGGCCCAGAACGUCGACGGGGUCUUCCGGCGACAUCGGAAAGCAUCCAACGGGAUCUCAAGGGAGCGACCGAAGAGCGCCGUGUUCCCCACGGAGAUCAGGUCCAAGAUGAGUGCGGAGGAGCAGAUGGAGCGGCUCCGUCGGAACCAGAGCAGCUCUGUGAGGGACAAGAGGCGCAGCCUGAACCUGGCCGGGCAGACCGCAGGCAGCUACAGGGUGGUGCGGCGGAGGCUGACGGCCCAUGAGGUGGACAUCAAGGACCUCGAGGCGGCUGUGCGCGGUGAGGGUCUGGAGUCGCCCCGCGAGGAGAUCGCCCGUCUGCGGCGCGUGCGGCUGGAGCCAGACCACUACGAACUGGACCACAGCAGGGAGCUGCUGGCUCCGGACAAGGUGCUGAUCCCUGAGCGCUACCUGGACCUGGAGGUCAGCGCCCCGCUCAGCCCCGAGGAGCAGAGGGAGAAGCAGAAGAAGGUGGAGAGGAUCAAGACUCUCAUCGCCAAAUCCAGCCUCCAGAACGUGGUCCCCCUGCUGGACGGUCCCACGGAGGGGGGCCACUCGGAGAAGCACCUCCAGGAGCAGGAGAAACGCAUCGAAAUCUCAUGUGCCCUGGCGGCCGAGGCCUCACGCCGCAGCCGCCUGCUGUCCGCCCAGUGCGUCCCGAGCCCCCCCACCUCCCCCACACGCCUGGCCCCUCCCCCGUCUUCUGCUGACCUCCCCGCCUCCGCCCACAUCAUGAGCGUAUGAGCCCCACCGAGCUCUGUCGCUGGCUGCCGUCAGGUUUGAGCGAGAAUCUUUCUGAGGAUUUGGGACACGUGGAAGAGGACCAGGGAACCAUGGAUUUAUUUCUUCAUCAUGUUGUUUGAGGAGGUGCUUCUGAACGGCUUUGGCCUCUUCGAACCCAAGAGGCCAAAGCCAGCUGGAAGGCCUGUGCCUCUCAGACUCCCCCAUGCGGGGGACACACAUGUUAGUUUCACACCCAAACGGCCCAGAAAAGAGGAACGUCUCCUACAUAGUUACCACUAAUUAUAUUUUAUUGAUUGACCAUUGAUUGAAAACUAAAGAUAUACAUGAAUUAAUGAAUUCAUAAAUCAAAUAUGCAGACAUUUGAAAAACGUGUAGAAGGAGUCAGAAAAGCAGAGGUUUAUCUAAAGACCUCUGGUCUUCAUGUAUCUCCUUUCAGCUGAAAGGUCCUCAAAAGGGUCACUUUGUACUUUGUGAGACUGGGUUUUCUAAGACAGAGAUAGCGCACUAGCAGGCUUACAGGGCAUUGACCCGAGUUGGGUCCACAAGGAUCCCUGUUGUCGACCCCUGGAGAUUUUUAUAAUGGUUCUACAUGACAGUGCCCACACUCAGAUUUUUUUAAAGGACAGAGAGCUUAUUUUGAACGCACUAUGAAGCCUAACUUAAACCUGACCCCCGACCCUUUUAAGCAAAUGUCUUUUACACAAAACCUUUGUUAGCCUUUUUAUAUUUGCCUGAAGGAGCACCACCACCUCAAUGGGAACCACUGUGUCUAGCGCCUGGAAUACAUGUUUAUUUUUUAUCUUUAAAUUAGUUUAAUUAUAUCCCUCAUCACUUGUUAAAGUUCUGUGGACAUACAUUCAUAAUCUUCAUAUUAAAAUGUGACCACUGCUAGAGGAAAUAGAAGUGACCUUAGAAAUGUAAGUCUGCACAUUGGGACAUAUGUGCACGGCUAGGCCAGCAGAUUACAAUACCUUCAUGUCAUAGUUUUAUCUGAGAGUUAUCAUAUCAUAUAAUGUAGUGCCAUAUAAUUCCUGUAUAUUUUGAUAAAGAAUAGAUUUUAAUCAGAUUGAUAUUAUGUUGACACACAGAUCACAGAACAUGCAUUUCAUCUUGAUUUGGAGAACCUCUAAGAACAAUAUGUUUAUUGAGUAACAAAUGCCACUCAAGUUACCAGUCAAAAAUACAUACACAACCAACCCCCCCAAACCCCUAUAAACCUACCAGCCAUUGUCUUUGACAGUGAGGCAGUGGAGAGUUGAUGGAAGUGUACCACAGUGCAGUGGGGUCGGUGUAGUGCUCCUCCGAGGCGUCCUGAGACCUUUGUGGUGUGUUGUUGCAACUCUUCAAUUAAGAGAUCCAAGGGCGUCCCAGACGGUGGGAUGCUCUAGACUGCCAAAAUCAGCACAUAUUUGAAAUGCCGAGGGGAACCCAUGGCUUGAAUAAUGUCUUUGGCUCUUCCUUCUCCUCCCCGCUGCUUCUCUCUGGCCGUCUGCAGCCUUCUGCUUUCAUCAACCGACCACACGGCCCACGUUGAAGAGGACUUUGUAGGGAAAAGACUCUGAAUCAGAUAUCUAAAUCCAACAAAAGGGAAUUAGUUUUGUCAGUCAGCGGUAUGUGUUGAGAGAAGAUUUCUAUUUUUUUCUUGUCAUAUGAGAAAUGGAUUAAUGUCACUAAAAGAGGCAGUGCAUUAUUUGUUUUAGAUGUAGACAUAUUUAAUGUCACCUUUAAGGUUUCAGCUGACAGAAUCGAAUUUUACACACAAUUCAACAAUGUUUAGCAUUUUCACAACUAAAGGGGAGAAAUUAAUAUUGAUGAGAUAUAUUUUUUUAAUUUAUUGGUUUUGAACAUUGUCUUGUAACAUGAAAAUAUUGGUAUUUUUGGAGUAAUUGGAUUAGAUGCAUUACGAAAUGCGAAUUGGACUAGUACGUUUUGGAUAUUUGAUAUAUAAGGUAGCAUUUAUGGCUGAUGAAAAAUGAAACUGUAUUGGUCAAUAAUAUUUCCCAUUCCAACCACCUUCAUCUUGAUAUCAUUUAACCAUUGCUACACAGAACUGCUUGAACUAUGCAAACGUUAAAAAUGAGUCUGCUUGUUUAAGAAAUAUCUUGCAAUAAAGUGAAUGUAUACAAAGUGUUUCUCUAGAAGCUUUCGGGUCCCCACAGUAUUUCAUUUAUAAUAAUACAUGUCUUGCUGUCUGGAAUGAUUAUCUUGCUGUUAUUUUAUUGAUCAUGAUUAUCACUGCCAAAAAUAUUGCUACUACUGAAGUUAAUUGCUCAGCAAAUCUUUCUCAAUAGCUUUCUUUGUUUAUAUACCUUGAAUGUGUUCCAUCAAACCUAAUGUAUAUCUGAAUAAUAAAGUCAAAUAAAAACACAUCAAAAGGCAGACUUUUUCACUUGAGAUACCAAAACUUAAAACACAAUUAAAGUAUAGUUAUUAUGGUCAAUAUCAUUAUUUGGCUUUCUUGAUAGAUUUUCAUGUUGGAAAGGUUUUGAGAAAGUCCAACGUAGAUAGAAUGUUCAAGGAUGGAAUUACUUUAUGAAAUUUGGCAGAAUAAAUCCUGGGUUACUUGGUAAGGUGUGUAGCAUUAUGGAUGUGCAUUAUGCAGGUAGCUGGUUUUGAGGCAACCCCGAGUUUGUUCGCUCUGAGUUAGUGGAAACUCUGGGUUUUCCGUUUCAGGUAGCAGGUUCAGCGCAACCGAGAGUUAGUUGCUGCGGCAACAUACGCCGUGGGUCUAACCUGCUCGGGAGGUGGUUAGACCUACUCUGAGUUUGUUGUCUAUAAGGCUGAAGGCAGAGCAAGGUACGUUUUAUUACUCUGUUUUCUGGGAAUAAUUGACGCAAGCAGAAACCAGAAAACAAGCCGUUUUUUCGUUUUUUCGUUUUGACAAGAAAACGAAAAUCUAAAUUUCAGUUCGUUUAUUCGUUUUUUGGUUCUUACUGAGCGAAACGAAUUUACCACUCAAUAUCUGGUUUCCGCCGGUGGGCGGGUCCUCUUAUUGGCUAGCGUGCUUCAUUGCCCUGUGCUCUUCAUAAUAAAAGUUCUUCCGUUUGAUAAUGUCGACAAAAAUAUUACUGUAUUAUAGACACUAGCAGACACAGAGGACAACACCACCCACAGUCAAGACUGACACGGCUUCAUAUAACAAUAAUAGUAUUCAUAAUCAUUUGAAAAUGAGAAUUUAUGAAGUUAUGAUAACUUCAGUGCAGUUGAUGUUUAGCCACAGUUAAUAAAUGCAGAGCAGACCUGAGAUCGCUGGCUGCUGAUUUCCUCACAGCCUGAGAGCUAUGAGGAAUAGGCCUACUGGGAACAUCACCGCUUGGUAUGGGAACACCACCAUGCAGGACCGUAAGGCUCUGCAGAGAGUGGUGCGUUCAGCUGAGCGUACCUUAGGUCCAUGGGGUCCAAAUCUAGGAUUUAUUUAUAUCAAGCGGUGCAAGGGCAGGACCACCAACAUACUGAAAGACCCCAGCCAUCCAGGCUACCGACUAUUCUCUCUGCUCCGCUCAGGGAGCAGAUGCCACUCACUGGCGGCAAAGACUGAGACUCAGGAAGUGUUUUUACCCCCAAGCUGUCAGGUACCUAAAUGGUACUGAUUAAGCCCUUUAUAGCAACUGCACUUAUAUAUUUAUUUAAGUAACCCCCUUUUUUUUAUUCCUAUGUGCAAUAACCCUCUUACAUCUUGAAUGCAUUUACUGUUUUGUUAUGUUUGUUAUGUGACUAUUUAGCAUGGAGCCGACUGAGAACAUUUCACUGCAAUGUAUUGUGUAUGUGACGAAUAAAAUCUGAAUCUGA